AUGACUACUUUACCUCAUUUGUCGAUCGUGUUCUUCCUCCUUUUCUUCUCUCAAACCAAAGGUCAUUUUGGUAACCAUGCAAAAUUAUCCUCCAUUGAGUCCAUCAAACAACUUGAAACUUGUUGUGAAGUAGGUAGCGAAGCGCAAGGCCUCCAUCAGCUCAAACUAUAUCUCGCUCGUUUCGGCUACCUAGAUUACCAAAUUACCCUUGACCACGUCAGUGCCAAAGACGACAAAUUUGAUGACAAACUCGAGGCCGCCCUGAAAACUUACCAAAAAUAUAACCAUCUCAAUUCCACUGGGACAUUAGAUGGGCCCACGGUUUCACAAAUGCUCAUACCUCGUUGUGGACUACCAGAUAAAAGUACUUAUAUCCAUGGAUCGAAAUCACCCCACAUAGUUCCUCAUUUCAAACUUUCCCCAACUCUCCUUAGAUGGCCCCCUGGUAAAUCACACUUCACUUACGCGUUCCCCUCAAACUUUCCAAACAAACACGCACCUCCUGUUGACCGUGCCUUCAAACAAUGGGCUACUGCAACUCAUUACUUCACAUUCUCUAAAAUCGCUGACUUUAAGCGUGCCGAUUUAAAGGUUAGUUUUGAAAGAAGAAAGCAUGGAGAUACUGAUUUUGAUGGGCCUGGUAUUGUAUUGGCACAUGCUUUUCCGCCAACAGAUGGAAGGCUCCAUUACGAUAUAGAAGAGAAUUGGUCAGAUGGACCAGGACCAACUGCUGGGACUAUUGAUUUAGAGUCGGUGACUGUUCACGAAAUAGGACAUCUAUUUGGGUUGGAUCAUAGUGACAAUCCGAAUGCCUCAAUGUUCCCUAGUAUCAAUUACGGAGUUAUAAGACGUUUGCAUGCAGAUGACAUCAACGGCAUUAAAACUCUCUAUAAACUUAAAUAA